AUGACGCUAGCGUUGAUUCUCAACCUUCCUUCCGACCUCCAUCUACGGUUUGAACUUCUAAGUACUGGCUUGCCUGCGAACAUGACAAGUCGCCUUCCAAAGCUGGUCGCAUUUGAUCUCGACUAUACGCUCUGGCCGCUCUGGAUCGAUACCCAUGUCUCUGGACCUCUCAAACGCCCGUCGGAUAAUGCGCUCAAUGCCGUGAAGGACAAGCACGGCGAGACGUUUGGUUUCUACCACGACGUCCCGGAGAUAUUGCAUCGGUUACGAGAUGCGCGUGUCAUCGUCGCUGCUGCGUCACGUACUAGCGCUCCUAGACUAGCGAACCAGGCGCUGAGCUUACUGCUCGUCCCGCCUAAGCAUGGGGCGAAGGGUGCAGACGCAAAGCCGGAGGCUGCUAUGAACUUCUUUGACCAGCGCGAGAUUUAUCCUGGCUCGAAGAUCACGCACUUCAAGAAGCUACAUGAGAAGACGGGGGUCCCGUACAACGAGAUGGUGUUCUACGAUGACGAAGGCCGGAAUCGCGAAGUGGAAAAACUCGGCGUGACCUUCGUACUUGUACCGGACGGCGUCAACUCGCGCAUCUUUGAGAAGGGUCUAGAGGAAUGGCGUCGCCGUCACCCCGUGCAGGUGAUCGAAGAUGCGGGAGGCGAUGUUGAGCAUAGAGACGAGCUCUUGUAUAGAUGUAUCGCAUGUAAAGUGUAG